AUGACACAAAGAAGUCAACUACGUCAUCAAGAGGAGACUCGCCACGGGCCAUUCCUCAGCACAAAGAGAACCACACCAAUACAGAACCAACAAUACUCAGAAGAGUCCAGCUCAGAUUACAAUGCUUCCUUGGACGAAGUGUUCCGUAACGACCAGCGGGUGACCCUCUCGCUGACCCGGCUGGCGGUGUCCGCAUCCGGCCAGUACCGCUGUGAAGUCAUCGCUGAACACCCAAGCUUCCGCACCGAGGCUUCCACCUCCCCCAUGACCGUCCUCAGAGAGCCCUUGUCGCCGCCGGUACUGGUGGGAGCGCGGGAGAUCUACGAGCCCACGGAACUCAUCAAGAUUGGCUGCCAGCCUAAGGAAGCCUUCCAGGGGGAACACAAACCCACCCUACAGUGGUUUCUGGAGGGGAGUCAGGUGGAGUCUGAGUGGGUCUCUCCUUACACCAGCGCCCUGAGACACGGAGCCUCAGGGCUCUCUCUACACGUCCCUGGCGAACAGAUCGCCGCGGCGGGCGGGAGCCUCCAAGCAGAGUGCAGACUGACGCUGGGACCUCACCAACUCAGCGCCUUCAAGACUCUCCGGGUCAGAGUCCGCAUGAUAUCCUACGUCGACAACUACCAGUCCUCAGGAUCGUGGAAGAUGGCUGACAGUGUGGUGACUGUGGUGCUCGUGACUGUCACUACUCUACUGUCGUUGGUGUAGCGUGAGCUGGGCUCUGGGCAGUGACUGGCAACUUCCCGAGUAUCACUGCUGAUCUAGCAGGACACCUUGCACUGCACCCCAUCGAUACCAAGCUGUCGAUGACCUUGUUCCAGAUGAACUCUUGGGGAAACAAAAUUUACCAUCAACACACUGGAGGAAAAAAACUUAACCCGUUGAUCCGUGUGUACUGGAGAGUGUGUAAUGGUGUCGUCAACUUCCCAGUGAGCGAGCACCUUCCUUCCCGCCCUGCAGCUCUGUACAGGACCUCGGACACUGUGUGUGUGUGGGUGAGGAAGGUCACUGACAGGAACCUGUCGUAGACGACAGGAGUGUCUCAGCCUCCUAAGACUGCUGUCUGUCUUGCCCCCCAACACCCCGUGCCAUGGUACAUAGGUACAUAGUGUGUGUGUGUGUGUGUGUGUGUGUGUGUGUGUGUGUGUGUGUGUGUGUGUGAGACAGCCUCUUUCGGCUGGUGCAAAGUGUGCAGGCCUUUAUUCUUCUAGCGUCUCCAUGUGUAGAUUUGGGUCCAAAUAUAGUAAACACACUUUACAUUUGCUACCAUAUUGUAAACAUUACCGACACUAAACAUAUGCUUAGCUAUGUUUAAACCAAAACAACACAAGUUAGCAUUUCAUACCUUGAAAAAAACUGUAGUGCAGGGUAAAAAAAAUAGACGCAGUUCUCUACACAUUAUAUCAAUUAUCAAGCUUUUCCAUUUAUUAACUUAUAAAUAACGCCAUUAAAAGUAACAGGAGAUAUUGCAGUUAUAUAGAUAUAUUAAACUAAUUAGAUGUGACAUCUUGAAACUUGCACUAAAUCAUAGUAAAAAAAAAAAUCUUUCUGCAUAUAUUGACUAGAUCAAUUUGGCGGGUAUUGUAAAUACUGACGGCACAUCACCUGUAGAGUCAGCAGCUGUUUGGGAACACAGAUGUUGACAUUUUCCCCUAAACAGCAGUAAAUAUUUUCGUUUUAACACACAUGUUAUAUAUAUAA